GCUCGGAACCAUGCUCCUGGCCGGCCCGCGCCUCUGGGUCCUGGUGCUCCUGGGCGCCGGCUGGGCGGGCUGCGGAGGCCGCCGGGCCGAGGCGCUGGUGCGGACGUUCUACGUGGCUGCGCAGGACGUGGCCUGGAGCUACCGGCCCGAGACCCCGCAGCCAAGUUUGAAUUCUUCUACAACAUCCUUUAAAAAAAUCGUCUAUAGAGAGUAUGAGGCAUAUUUUAAGAAGGAAAAACCACAAUCAAGCAUUUCAGGACUUCUUGGGCCUACUUUAUAUGCUGAAGUUGGAGAUACCUUGAAAGUUCACUUCAAAAACAAGGCUGACAAGCCUGUAAGCAUCCACCCUCAAGGAAUUAGAUACAGUAAACUCUCAGAAGGUGCUUCUUACCCUGACCACACGUUCCCUGAGGAGAGGAUGGAUGACGCGGUGGCCCCGGGCCACGAGUAUAUCUAUCAGUGGGCCAUCAGCGAGGACAGCGGGCCCACCCAGGACGACCCUCCCUGCCUGACACACAUCUACUACUCCUAUGGAGACCUGACGCGGGACUUCAACUCAGGGCUGAUCGGACCUCUGCUCAUAUGUAAGAAAGGUACCCUGACUGAGGAUGGGACUCAGAAGAUGUUUGACAAGCAGUAUGUGCUGCUGUUUGCUGUCUUUGAUGAAAGCAAAAGCUGGAGCCAGUCAUCAUCCCUAAUGUACACCGUCAAUGGCUAUGUGAACGGGACAAUGCCAGAUAUAACGGUUUGUGCCCAUGACCACAUCAGCUGGCAUCUGAUUGGAAUGAGCUCGGGGCCAGAGCUGUUCUCCAUUCAUUUCAACGGCCAGGUCCUGGAGCAGAACCAUCACAAGGUCUCAGCCAUCACCCUGCUCAGCGCCACGUCCACAACUGCAAACAUGACUGUGAGCCCGGAGGGGAAGUGGAUCAUAUCUUCUCUCAUUCCAACGCAUUUCCAAGCUGGGAUGCAAGUUUAUGUUGAUAUUAAAGACUGCCUAAAGAAAACCAGGACUCCAAAGAAACUAACACGAGACCAGAGACGGCACAUUAGGAGGUGGGAAUACUUCAUUGCUGCCGAGGAAGUCAUCUGGAACUAUGCACCUGUCAUCCCAGCCAAUAUGGACAAAAAAUAUAGGUCUCUACACUUGGAUAAUUUCUCAAACCAAAUUGGAAAAGAGUAUAAGAAAGUGGUUUACAAAGAGUACCAAGAUGAGACCUUCACCAAACGCAUAGAGAAAAAAGAAGAUGGGAUUUUGGGCCCAAUUAUCAGAGCCCAGGUCAGAGACACACUCAAAAUCACGUUUAAAAAUAUGGCCAGCCGGGCAUAUAGCAUUUACCCUCAUGGAGUGACCUUCUCUCAUCAAGAUGAUGAAGCCCACUCUACCUCAGGCAGUCACAUGAUCAGAGCUGUUCAACCUGGAGAAACCUAUACUUACAAAUGGAAUAUCCUAGAGUCUGAUGAACCCACAGAAAAUGAUCCCCAGUGCUUAACAAGACCGUACUACAGUGACGUAGAUAUGACAAGGGACAUUGCCUCUGGGCUGAUAGGGCUUCUUCUAAUUUGUAAGAGCAGAUCCCUGGAUAUUCGGGGCAUACAGAGGGCAGCAGACAUCGAGCAGCUGGCUGUGUUUGCCAUGUUUGAUGAGAACAAGAGCUGGUAUAUUGAGGAUAACAUCAACACAUUUUGUGAAAAUCCUGAUGAGGUGAAACGUGAUGAUCCCAAGUUUUACCAGUCAAACAUCAUGAGCACUAUCAAUGGCUAUGUGCCUGAGAGCAUACCUACUUUAGGAUUCUGCUUUGAUGACACUGUCCAGUGGCACUUCUGCAGUGUGGGGGCUCAGGAUGAUAUUUUGACCAUUCAUUUCACUGGACACUCAUUUUUGCAUGGAAAAAGGCAUGAAGAUACCUUGACCCUCUUCCCCAUGCGUGGAGAAUCUGUGACAGUCACAAUGGAUAACAUUGGAACUUGGAUGAUAACUACCAUGAAUUCUAGUCCCAGAAGCAAAAACCUAAGUCUGAGAUUCAGAGAUGUUAAAUGUAACCGGAAUGAUGAUGAUAAUGAUGACUCGUAUAUUUAUAAACCUGUGGAGUCUACAGUCAUGGAGACUCGGAAAAUGCGCUACUCUGCAGAAAACGAACAGGAAGAGGAUGAUAAUGAAUCUGAUUACCAGGAUGAACUGGCUACCUCAUUAGGAAUUAGGUCAUUCAGGAAUUCAUCAUUGAAUGGGGAAGAAGAUGAAUUCAAUCUUACUGCUCUUGCCCUAGAAAACAGCUCCGAAUUUAUUUCUCCGAGCACAGAUACAGCUAUUGGCUUGAAUUCUUCUUCCUCAAGAAACACGAGUAGGCUCACUGUUGAUAACCUCACAGAGCCUCAGAAAACCCUUCCCCACCCAGUAGCCACUCCAGCUGUCAGCCCCCUGGGACACCUCACUGGCUUCGACAAGAAUUCAGUUCUCAACCCUUCCACAGAAGAGCAUUCCAGCCCAUAUUCUGAAGACUAUAGGGAGGACCCCCUGCAGCCAGAUGGCACACACAUAAGCCUCCUUACAGAAGGAUUCAGAAGCCAAGGACAGGCUAAACAUAAAGUACCCAAGGCAGGAAGACACCAAGCUGCAAAGCAUAGGUUCUCCUGGAUGAACUUCCCAGUCCGUAAACUUGGGAGACAUUCAAACCAAGAUAAUACAUCCUCCAGAAUGAGCCCCGGGAAGGACAUUCUUAGUGAUUUAUUACUGUUAAAACAAAUGAACCCAUCAAAGAUUAUGAAUGAGAAAUGGUAUCUGGCUUCUGAAAAAGGUAGCUAUGAGAUCAUAGAAGACAGAGAGGAAGACAUGGCUGUUGGUACACAGAACAGUACCCAGAAUGUCUUGAGGACUCUGGAAGAAAGCAUCCCUUCUACAGAACAGCCAGGACAGCAGAGUAAUCGCCCAAACCUCACUCCAAUGAGACGUAACCUGAGAAACAUUUCUCAAGUCAAACAGCGUGGAGGAAAUAGUGGCUUGAUGAGAGGACAAUUUUUAAUCCGAACACGGAAAAAGAAGAAGCUUACACAGCAUGUUCCUCUGUCUCCCCGGAGUUUUCACCCCCGAAGAAGAGAUACCUACACCAAGAGACCCAACCACCCUUUCCUGCCUAAAUCCAAUGAAACGUCUCUUCCCAUAGACUCCAAUCAGACAGUCCCCCUCAGGAAUCUUAGCCAUAAUCAGAAGCUCCCAAAUGGCACUGGUCAGGCAAGCUCCUCCCCUCCUGAUCCUGAUCAAAUAGUGCCCCCGGAGGAAGGCUAUCAAUGGUUUCCUAUUCAAGACUCUGAUCAAACACACUCUACUCCAGAUCCCAAUCAUAGAGCCUCUCCUUCAGAAUCCAGUUGGAUGCUUCCCUAUGACCUAAGCCAUAAGUUCUUUCUUGACGACAGUCAAACCUCCCCUCUCUCAGAACAUGACACCUGGCCGACUUUCCUGGCAGAACUUGGUCAGCCAUCCAUCCCUUUAGAUCAGCAAUACACCUCCCCCACCCCAGACCUCAGCCAGACAAUUCCCUCCACAGACAUCGGCCAGAUGCCCUUCUCCCCAGGCCUUGGCCAGACAUCUCUGUCCCCAGACUUUGGCCAGAUGGCUCUGUCCCCAGAUCUCAGCCAGAUGUCCCCACCCUCUGACCUCGGCCAGACAGACCCAUCUCUAGACCUUGGCCAGGUAGCGCUGUCCCCAUUUCCAGGCCAGACAACACUCUCCCCUGACCUCAGCCAGACAUCUCCACCCCCAGACCUUGGCCAGAUGGCCCUGUCUCCAGACCUUGGCCAGAUGGCCCUGUCUCCAGACCUUGGCCAGAUGGCCCUGUCUCCAGACCUUGGCCAGAUGGCCCUGUCUCCAGACCUUAGCCAGGUGACUGUCUCUCAAGACAUCAGUCAGACAACCCUUCCUCCUAAUAGCAGUGAGACACUUCCUCCAGACCACAGUCAGACAUCCUCCCCUUCUGAAUCCAGUCAGCCUCUACCUCAUCCUGAUUUUAAUCAAACGUUUCCCUAUCUAGACCUUAUUCAUAUGCCAUCUCCAACGCUCAAUGACACUUUUACACCGAAAGAAUUUAACCCACUCGUGGUGGUAGGCUUCAGUGGAGAUGAUGGAGAUUACAUCGAGAUCAUUCCCAGGGAAGAUUAUGAGGGCAGUGAAGAUGACUAUGCUGAGCUGUACUAUGUGAACUACGACAACCCGUAUGAAACAGACACAAGGGCAGAUACGACAUCCUCCAGGAAUCCUGACAACAUCGCGGCAUGGUAUCUCCGCAGCAAUUCGGGGAACAGAAAGUAUUAUUAUAUUGCAGCUGAGGAAAUAUCCUGGGAUUAUUCACAAUUUGCAGAAAGAGAGGCGGACCUGGAUGACGACAUUGAUGACGUGCCACAGGACACCACGUACAAGAAAGUUGUCUUCCGAAAGUACCUGGAUAGUACUUUUACCAGACGGGAUCCGCGGGGAGAGUAUGAGGAGCACCUUGGCAUUCUUGGUCCUAUCAUUAGAGCAGAAGUGGAUGAUGUUAUCCAGGUUCGCUUUAAAAACUUGGCAUCCAGACCAUAUUCUCUUCACACCCACGGGCUUUCCUACGAAAAGUCAUCAGAAGGAAAGACUUACGAAGAUGACUCUCCUGAGUGGUUUAAGGAGGAUAAUGCUGUCCAGCCCAACAGCAGCUACACCUAUGUAUGGCAUGCCACAGAGCGAUCAGGGCCCGAGAACCCAGGCUCUGCCUGUCGAGUAUGGGCCUACUACUCAGCAGUGAACCCGGAGAAAGACAUCCACUCGGGCUUGAUAGGACCCCUUCUGGUCUGCCGAAAAGGAAUACUUCAUAAGAAGAGCAAUAUGGCUGUGGACAUGAGAGAAUUCGUGUUACUUUUUAUGGUCUUCGAUGAGAAGAAGAGCUGGUAUUAUGAAAAGUCCAAAAGGUCUUGGAAACCUGAAUCUUCAGAACUAAAAAACUCCCAUGAGUUUUACGCUAUUAAUGGGAGGAUCUUCCACUUGCCUGGCCUGAGAAUGUACGAGCAAGAGUGGGUGAGACUGUACCUGCUAAACAUGGGUGGUUCCCAAGACAUUCAUGUGGUUCACUUCCAUGGCCAAACCCUGCUGGAAAAUGGCACUCAACAGCACCAGCUAGGGGUCUGGCCCCUUCUACCCGGUUCAUUUAAAACUCUUGAAAUGAAGGCAUCAAAAGCUGGCUGGUGGCUUCUAGACACAGAGGUCGGAGAAAACCAGAGAGCAGGAAUGCAAACACCAUUUCUCAUCAUAGACAAAGGAUGUAAAAUACCCCUGGGGCUAAGUACUGGUAUGAUAGCUGACUCACAGAUCAAGGCUUCUGAGUAUCUGAGUUAUUGGGAGCCCAAAUUAGCAAGAUUAAACAACGGUGGGUCAUAUAAUGCUUGGAGUAUAGAAAAAAUUCCAACAGGAAUUUCCUCUAAACCUUGGAUCCAGGUGGAUCUGCAGAGGGAAGUUGUAAUCACGGGGAUACAAACUCAAGGUGCUAAACACUACCUAAAGUCCUGCUAUACCACAGAGUUCUCUGUGGCUUACAGCGCUGACCAAACCAACUGGCAGAUCUUCAAGGGGAACAGCACGAAGAACGUGAUGUAUUUUGAUGGCAAUUCAGAUGCUUCUACAAUAAAAGAGAAUCAAUUUGACCCACCUAUUGUGGCUAGAUAUAUUAGGAUCUCUCCAACAAAGUCCUAUAACAGACCUACCCUGCGAUUGGAGCUGCAAGGCUGUGAGGUUAAUGGAUGUUCUACACCACUGGGUAUGGAAAGUGGACAAAUAGAAAACAAGCAAAUUACAGCUUCCUCAUUUAAGAAAUCUUGGUGGGGAGAUUACUGGGAACCGUUUCGUGCUCGUCUUAAUGCCCAGGGCCGUGUGAACGCCUGGCAAGCUAAGGCAAACAACAACAAACAAUGGUUACAAAUUGAUCUACAGAAAAUCAAGAAGGUAACUGCCAUUGUCACACAGGGCUGCAAAUCUCUGUCCUCUGAGAUGUAUGUGAAGAGCUACAGCAUCCACUACAGCGACCAGGGUGUAGAAUGGAAACCUUACAGGCAGAAAUCCUCCAUGGUGGACAAGAUUUUCGAAGGAAAUAGCAAUACCAAGGGACAUGUGAAAAACUUUUUCAAGCCACCAAUUAUCUCCAGGUUUAUCCGCAUCAUUCCUAAAACAUGGAAUCAAAGUAUUGCGCUUCGUGUGGAACUCUUUGGCUGUGAUGUCUACUAGAACUGAGGGUUCAAAAAACAUAGGAGAGACUCUUUAAGACCUCAAUUUAGAGUAGGCAAUGUAUUCUGCAGCUAUUUUAAAUAAUAACAAAUUCCCACUGUUCCUCUUUUUUUCUAUUAGAAAAUACAAUUUUACCUAAGAAACUUUUC